AUGCUGUAUCUCCAUAAAAAGACUCUUGGCUUGUUAAUUUGUACUGGACUUGGUCUCACUGUGUAUGUAUGGAAGCACGUGGGACCCUCAGGAGGGAACUCUUUACCCAGUCAAGAAGAGGCGCACCUCCUCCAGUGGAUCAGCCAGUACCAAAAUACUGUUGACGAAAGUGGCGUUAGAGUUAAGGAGGAGAUUGCAUGUAAAGUCGCACUAAAUGUGUGCUCAUGUAUAGCUGAUAAGGAGAGCUUUCGGCUUCCAUUCUCAAAUUGGAUUUUUCCCAGAGUUAAUGCUCACAAUCUGGACAGUGCCUUUUUGGAGUCUCGUUCUGAUCCAGAGAAGGUAAAGGUUCAUCGAGCACAGGAAUACAGCAGCUUUCAGAAGAGGUCUUACACUGCAGCCAAUGGACUCAUUGUGGCUGAAGCCAAUAGUCCUCUGCAGUAUCCUACACAGGGAGUGGUAGUACGACCACUCAAAACUAUCAUCCUACCUGGGUUGGCUCUCAAAACAAACAGAGCAUCGAUGUACAAUGUCUAUUUGAGAGCUGCACUAGGCACUUUUGAUGUUGCAGCCAUUGUAGAGGGUGUCUCUUUGAAAGGAGAAAAUGAAAAUCACAUGACCCUAUCCAGUCCAAAUCUGUCCACUCUGAACAAGCAGCUGAGUCUUGUCACCUACACUAAUACUGUGUUCCAUCCCAGGACAGCUGAGAAUGUUGAGUUUGGAACUGAGGAUCAUCGUUCAUUUUUCACAAUUAAAAUCCAACACAAACGUACUCCGAAGCUUUACAACUCUGGACAUCAAGGAGAGUACAACAUCAGUGCACUGGUCACUCUAGCUACAAAGACUUUUCUACGUUAUGACAAACUCAGAGAUCUCAUUAACAGCGUUCGGAAGUACUACCCCACAGUCACGAUUGUGAUAGCCGAUGAUAACCAGCACCCUCAGCCUGUGACCGGGCCAUAUAUUGAGCAGUAUUUCAUGCCAUUUGGAAAGGGCUGGUUUGCGGGCAGAAACCUUGCAGUGUCUCAGGUAACCACCAAAUAUGUGCUUUGGGUGGAUGAUGACUUCUACUUUACAUCAAACACUAAACUGGAGAAGAUGGUGGAUAUUUUAGAGAAAACAACUUUGGAUCUGGUGGGUGGGGCUGUGCGGGAGGUGACCGGUUACACAGCGACUUACCGUCACACUAUUUCGGUGGAAGAUGGAGGAGAGGAGGGGGACUGCUUACACAUUCGGACUGGACACCACCACACCAUACAAGGCUUUCCUAACUGUGUUGUGGCUGAUGCUGUCAUUAACUUUUUCAUGGGAAGGACAGACAAGGUGCGAGAGGUGGGAUUUAACCCCCGCUUAGCCCGACAUGCUCAUCUAGAGUUCUUUAUUGAUGGUCUUGGCCUCUUGCACAUUGCUUCCUGCAGUGACGUCAUUGUGAACCAUGCCUCAAAAAUCAAACUGCCCUGGGCAAAGACAGACACAGAAAAAAAAUAUGAUAAAUUUCGUUAUUCGUUUAACACUGAAGAUAAUGAACUGUUCAAUGAAGUCUUCUAUUUUACUGACAGGUUCAAGUGCAUGACAAGCCAGUAGAAC